CAUUUGUUGUGCGAGUUUCACGUGGCGGGUUUGUUUGAAUCGUUGUGUAGAUAUUUGUGCUUAGCUCAUUUGGAAAGAUGGAAGACGAAAGUUUCUAUAGUUACUUCUUUGAAGAUGAUUAUUUAGAGAGUGAUGACGAGGAAGAAAUACUUUCUUUCAAAAAGAUUCCCCGGCAUGCAAGUCGGAUAAUAAAAGCAAACGCACAUGAUCCUCAAAUAAAUGAGGAUAUAUCUGAAAGUGAGGAAGAAGAAGAUAUUCUUCCUACAACAAAGGUGGCAAUUCGCCAUCUACCUCCUGGGAUGACUGGCGAGUAUUUUUUCCAACUUGUAUCUCCUUUGCCUGCCCAUGACUACAAAUAUUUUGUAGAGGCAAGCAAAGAAUAUAAUGAAAAUAGGUAUGCUACAGCGUACAUCAACUUUGCUAACAGGGAGGAUGCGGUUUUGUUUUUGAAACAAUAUGAUGGAUACGUCUUCCAAUGUGAAAAAGGGGCGAAGUGCAAAGCCAUUGUGGAGUUCACUGCUUUUGCGCAAAUUCCAAAAGAACCUGCUUCAAAAGAUUACCUUUGUGGAUCAAUUGACGAUGAUCCUGACUACCUGGAGUUCUUGGAGAGCCUCAAGAGGAAAGAUACAGAUGCCUCUAAAGAAGAUGAUGAAGUUAGGUCAGCUACUUCAAAAACUUUUGAUCCUUUAGUUGAUUAUGUAAACACACGGAGAGCUGAAUGCAUUGCCAGAGGUGUAUACAAACAUCCACCAAAAUAUCGAAAGUGGCAGCGAAGGUAUUGAUCAAUGGGUGAUUAUGGGGACACAUUACAUUACUAAUGUUUUUGAAAUUUUAAUGAAAAUAUUUUGAUUUUAUAUUUUAACAUUAAAUAGAAUCAGAACAUUAAAAGAAAAAGUUAUUUUGAUCCAUCUCUUAGUUGAAUUUUUUUUAAAUCCCUUUUUUAAUAUUUUCUGCUUUUUUAAUUAUGGAUAUUUUUUUCUUUGAAUUAUAUUUAUAGAUUCACUAAAAUAUAUUACAUAAAGCUAUGUUUGGAUUUCUAAUUUUAAACAUUAAAUUAUGGUAAAUAUAAAAGCCAUAUUAUUUAAUAAUUUGGCAUACAUUUAAUUCAUUGUUUUUGUAAACCAUUCGAAUUAAGUCAAAUCCCAUAUUAUUAUAUCAAUAAUUUAAUAUUAAAUGUUAAUAUAACAAUUGUACUUACAGUGUAAGAAAUAAGAAAAAAUUAGUACUACCCCAUUUUAUAUCUUCUAUAUAAAGAAGAUUAAAUAGAUGAAUGCUUAUGCACAGUUUCAUCGUACAUAUAAUUAUUAACAAGUUCCAGUAAAUUGAAACCUUUUUCUUAAGCCAGAAUAAAAACCUAAACAAUAUUUAAAACAUGGUGGUGAUAAAAAGCCUAACAUUGAAAAAAAGCCUUUGAAUUUCUUAAUUGUGUACAUAUUUCAAUUGUGAUGACUGUUAGUGAUAAAGCUAGAUAGUUGUUUAUCUGUUUUUUGGUUUUCUUCCCAACAGAGUGAGAGCUAUCAAAUGCAGCACAAAUAUGCUUAGCAAGAUAGGGAUAUGUACCUUAAUGCAAUUUUUAAAAAUAUUAAUCAGAAUUUUUUUUAAAUAUUUAAAAUAUAGAAAUUUUGGCAGCUUAAUUUUUUUUUUCCCCUUGCUUUAUCUUUUGAAAAUAUUAAUGUUUAAAACUGAUUUUUAUAUUUUUUAAAAAUUGUCUUUUCAGUGAUUAUAAUUUAAUUGUUAUCCAAUUUUUUUUCUUGAGUUUUAGCUUUUUUUUUAUCAUAAUGUUCAACAGUAGACUUCAUUGUUAAAUUAAAAUUCAAAGCAUUUUCAUGUGUUUCAUCAAAUAUUUAAUUGUGUGAUUUCUCUUCCCGUUGUUGACAACUAAGUAAAAAUAAUUCUAUUUCAUUUCCAUUAUUUACAUAAAAAACAAGAUUGUGAAGUUACAAUAAAUUGCAAAAGUUAGAAGAGAGAAAAACCAGACAAUUUUUCCAUAGCGCUAUAAUAAUAUGAGACUUGACUUAAUUGGAAUUUUGUUUACAAGCACAAUGAAUUAAACACAUGUCAGACUAUUAAAAUAAAAUGGUUUUUAUGUCUGCCACAGUUUAAUGCUUAAAAAUGUUUCUUCAGAGGAUCAUGAACAUCUAAUUAAACAUUAGAGAUUUAAUAUAAAUAAACACACCCAGUAAUCCUUGCAAACCAACUGAUUACCAAAGUAAUUACUUGUAAAUGAAAAGCAUAAUAUCUCCUGAAUUAUUAAAUACAAAUCUGAAAUUUUGGUAUAGUGAAUAGUAAGGCAACAUGAGUGCAAGGAUUAAUAAAAUAAAAUUUGUUAUUCUAAAAUAAAAUUGGUUUAUCAAUUUUUGAGUAAUGUGUCCCCUAUAAUAUUGAUUUCCAAUAUACCUAAAUCUCCAUAUAUUUUUGAGUGUAAAUAUUGUAGAUAUUUAUAAGUAUAGUCACUUUGUUUAUAUACAUGGUUUUUUUAAUUUGUUU